AUGGAGAGCCCUCACGAGCACCAGCAGACCCUGAUUCUUUCUCGAAUAAUCAACAACAUUGAAAAACUCAAUGAAUCUGUGACGGUUAUGAACAAGAGCCUCCAGGAGGUCAACAUUCAGAACAUGAACGUGGAAUUAGUCGCGCAGAUGUUCAAGAACUACCAGUCGAACGUGCUAUUCCACUUGGAAGCCACGGAGAAUCUGAAGGAGCCGUCAUAA